AUGACUGACAAACUACCACCCGUUUUACAUCAACAAUUUCUUCACGAGUUUAUUCAGACGGGUUUCUUCAGGAUCAUCCUGAUUAUGUUUUGCAGUGUUUACAUCAAUGAACACAUUGAUGGAUUAUCUUACAAUACGCAGUGCAACCAACCCGCAAAAAAUUCUUGCUGGAAAAAAUUUAGACGAUUCAGAAGAGGCUUUCGAAAAGAAAAAUAUGCGCUGAUAUGA